AAAGCAUUUGUUUUGAGUUUGAUGAAAAUUUUCCAGUUACGAUAUGCUAAACAACGCGAUUACAUUUUUCUUGCUACCGGUAUGACAUUAUCAGUUAUCAGUGGAACAUUAACUCCUCUUAGCUCAGUUUUCUUUAAAGGAAUGACAGAUGCCUUAAUGACAGGUCAAGCACAUCUUGAAAAUGGUACUUUUAAUGUGGAAACAUACACCAAUUCUGUUCUCACAUACGUCUAUCUGUAUGCAGUUCUAGGAGUAAUUUCUUUUUUUAGUUCAAUGAGUUGUCUAUUUGUGUUAUCUGAACGGCAAGCUAAUGAAAUUCGUAAACAUUAUUUCGCUGCACUACUCAGACAACAAAUGGUUUGGUAUGACAAACACGAUUCUGGCACACUCACAAAUACUAUCUCUUUAGGAAUAGAUCGAAUUAGAGAUGGUAUGGGAGAUAAGUUUGGCGUUCUUCUACAAGCUUCUACAAGUUUCAUCGUUGGUAUCAUCAUUGGUUUCUGCUACAGUUGGCAGAUGACAUUACUGAUGUUAUCAAUUAUACCUUUUAUUAUAAUAUCUUUAUUCGGUUCAGCUAAGACCCUGUCAAUAAUGACUAGACGGCAAAUAGAAGCUUACGGUCUAGCAGGUGCAAUUGCGAAUGAGGUAAUCAGUAAUAUUCGAACAGUUACUUCAUUCAAUGCUCAAUAUGCUGAAGUAACUAGGUAUGGAGAUCGACUGAGACGGGCUCAAAAUGUCGGCAUAAAAGGUGUACUGAUCACCGGUAUCUUCACGGGUUUCUUUGUUUUCAUAAUUUUUGCCUCAAUGGGACUAGUUUUUUGGCAUGGAACGAAUUUGGUUUUGGAAAAUAAAAUGACUCCUGGCAUGGUAUUUGCUGUGUUUUGGGCUGUGCUAGGGGGAUCAAUGCGUCUAGGCCAAGCUAUUCCUCAAAUUGGAGUCAUUAUUUCUUCAAAAUUAGCUGCUGGCGAAAUAUUUCAUACUAUUGAUGCUAAACCAGAAAUUGAUUGCAUGUCAUUCAAGGGUUUAACUCAGCCAUCUCUACUUGGUUGUAUUGAGCUCAAAGACAUCCAUUUCCGUUAUCCUACUCGACCAGAAGUUAAAGUUUUGAAUGGCAUUUCAUUUAAGGUAAGUCCUGGAAGUGCAGUAGCAUUAGUUGGUCACAGUGGUUGCGGCAAGUCAACCAUAUUCGGAUUGUUGUUGAGAUUCUAUGAACAAGAUGCUGGAUUAAUUACUAUUGACGGUAUACCAAUUAGCGAUUUUAAUAUUCAGUGGUUACGGAGACAAAUUGCAGUUGUUUCACAAGAACCAGUACUGUUUGCAGCAACCAUUGAAGAAAAUUUAAAGUUGGGUGAUGAAUCUUUAACUGAAGAUGCCAUAACUGAAGCUUGCAUCUUGGCCAAUGCUCAUGAAUUCAUUAUGAAACUACCGAAGGGUUAUAAAACGUUAAUUGGUGUUGGUGGUAUACAAUUAUCGGGUGGACAAAAGCAACGAAUUGCCAUUGCUCGAGCUCUGGUUCGUGACCCUAAGAUUUUGUUGCUUGAUGAAGCAACAAGUGCUUUGGAUUCUGAAAGUGAACUUGCUGUUCGGCUUGCACUCAAUAAAGUAAGAGCAGGUCGAACUACCAUUACGAUUGCUCAUCGCAUGUCAACAAUACGUAACGCAGAUCGGAUAAUCGUUUUCAACAACGGUAUGAUAGCAGAAAGUGGAACACAUGAGGAAUUAAUGGAAUUAAACGGUAUUUACGAACGACUUGUAAGAGCACAUGAAUUCAAAAAAGGCAACGAUGAAUUCAUCGAAAAUGGUACUUUGAUCAAUUCGUAUAAUAGUUUAAUUAUUUCAGAAUUACCACUUUUGAUUCUGGCUUUAAUAUUCACAUUAAUAAGAGGUUUAUCCUGGCCACUCUUCUCUAUGAUUUAUGGCCGAACAUUUUUAGUAAACAGAGAAAAAGUGAAAGAAAAUAUGCUCAUAAAUACAAUAUUGUAUGGGAUUCUGGCAGUGGUUGCCGGUUUCUGCACAUUUUCUUCCGGAAUAUUGUUUGGUAUUGUUGGUGAACGAAUUUCAACGAGACUUCGAAUCGCUGUUUAUAUAAAUAUUUUACGACAAGAUGCAGCAUUCUUUGAUAGCGACUAUCAUUCUACAAGCAGAUUGACUACGCGCCUUGCAAAUGAUGCACAAAAUGUUAAAGCAGCUAUUGACCAACGCUUAGCAGAAGUUUUGCAAGGUAUUGUUUCACUUGUUGCUGGUAUUAUCGUUGCAUUUUCGUUCGGAUGGAAUAUGGCACCAAUCGGUAUAAUUACCUGCGCUAUUCUGAUAAUUCUACAAAGUGCUGUUUCCCAGUACAUUAAAUUCCGUGGUCAGAAAGAUAUCAAAGUUGCUGAAAAAUUAGCUUCUGAAUCAAUUGAGAAUGUUCGAACUGUACAGUCUCUGACUAUUCAAAAGAAGUUAUACGAUACUUUUUGUCAUCUAUCACAAAAACCUUACAAACGAGCAAUUAUACGAGGUAUGUGGCAAUCUGUUAGCUAUGGCAUGUCAAGCAGUUUCAUGCAGUUCAACUUUGCUAUUGCUUACUUAUUCGGUCUUUGGCUAGUUCAGAAUUCUUGGUCUCAACCAUAUAUCGUUUUCCAAGUAAUAGAAGCAUUGAAUAUCGCAUCAAUUAUUGUACUCGCAGCAGCAUCCUUUUUUCCGGAAUAUGUACGAGCAAGUCUUUCAGCAGGUUUGAUGUUCCACCUGAAAAAUCGCUCACCAAUUAUUGAUAAUUUAUCAGAGCCCGUAGAAGGAAAUGUUCAGUUCCAGAGUGUAAACUUUUCUUAUCCAAUUCGACCACAGCGCUUUGUACUAAAUGAAUUUUCAUUCAAUGCCAAUUUCGGUCAGAAAAUUGCAUUGGUAGGACCGAGUGGAUGUGGUAAAAGUACUGCGGUGUCACUAAUCGAGCGGUUUUAUGACGUUGCUCAAGGGAUUUUGUUAAUCGAUGGACAAGACAUCAGAACUUACAAUAUCCGUCACUUGAGAUCUCACAUCGCUUUGGUAGGUCAAGAACCAACUUUAUUUAACAUGAGUAUUGGAGAUAAUAUCGCCUAUGGCCUCGAUCAUGCUUCUUUCGAGGAAAUUGAAGCGGCUGCUAAAUCUGUUAAUAUCCAUACAUUUAUUACCGCUUUACCAAAGGGUUAUGAUACCAUCGUUGGUGGGAAAGGAAAUCAGCUUUCCGGCGGACAAAAGCAGCGAAUAGCCAUUGCAAGAGCAAUCAUUCGAAACCCAAAAAUUUUGCUCCUUGAUGAAGCAACAAGUGCUUUAGAUAGUGAAAGCGAAAAGGCGGUUCAAGAAGCACUUGAAUUAGCACGACGUGGCCGUACAUGCAUUGUGAUCGCGCAUCGCUUGUGUACGAUUCAAAACGCAGAUUUAAUCAUAGUAGUGGAAGACGGAAAAGUUGUAGAAAGUGGUAACCAUGCACAGUUACUAACUCGAAAAGGCCUCUACUAUCGUCUUGUUGAAAAACAAAAUGUUUUGUAA